AGGCAGCCAUGGCCGCCGCACUUCCAAAUUCUUGGGACCCGCUCGCAAUAGAGAACGAAGAGCCGUCUCCGCAGUGCCUACUGCGCGUCAAGAGGGAUAUAGCUGAAUUCAGUGUCCGACCGCCUUACGGUAUCUUCAUCUUUCCUCAGGAAGACAACGUGACCAAGAUCCACGCCCUUGUUGUGGGCCCCUCUGACACGCCUUACGAAGGUGGGCUCUUCUACUUCGUCUUGAAGUGCCCCUCCACAUAUCCCACGAUUCCGCCCAGGGUGCGCAUCAUGACCACCGACGCCGGACGCCUCGAGUUCAACCCGAACCUCUACGCGAAUGGCAAGGUCUGCCUCAGCAUCCUCGGGACCUGGUUCGGACCGCAGUGGAACCCGGCGCAGACCAUCGAGAGCGUGCUCGUAUCCAUCCAGUCACUGCUCAACGAGAAUCCUUUCGAGAACGAGCCCGGAGCGUCGUUCUUAUCGCCGAUUAGCAAGUUUCUCGGCUACGAGGACAACUACAAUUCCUUCCUGCAGCACGAGACCUUGAGGGUGGCCGUAUGCGACACGGUCGAGGCGUGCCUCGAAGGCACUUCGCCGCUUCCGCCGGUUCUGAGAGACCAGGUCCUCAAGACUUUCUCGGAGUCGUACGCGAAGUACGAGAAGAUGGCCACGGAUCGGAUAAAAUUGACCGGAACCCAACUGCGCGACCGAUUCCUUCACGUCAAGGGAGUGUACCAGUACGAAACACUGCUGAAGCGACUGAAGGAUUUGAACGACAGAGUUAAGAAGCGGAACCAAGCUGCAGCGGAAACGCAAAAUGAGUAAU